GGUCUCUGGAACUUGAGCGCCCCGCCCCUCUCUUGAGGGCGCCCCCUGGAGCCCACCCGGCUAGCGGGCGGCUGGCGGCCUGCGCCAACCCAGGCCGCUGGGCGUCAUGCGAUCGAUGACUCGGCGCGCAACGGCGCCGCCUGGGAGCGGGAGGACCACAAUGCGCAGGCGCCGAGACUGCCGCGGCGAGCGAGCUAGGCGAUGGUAGCCGCUAUUCUGCGGCCGGGCCGUGCGGACCCCUUCCGGGCGUGCGUGGAGAAUGUUAGCGCCGAGAGAAAGGCUGCACAGUAUGUGACUCGCCCCUCCGCAAGGCCCAGGCGUGCCUGGUUCUUACCGCACUUCCUCCGUGGCGCCCAGCUCCAGCGGCAGGCAUCUGUUCUGAGAAGCCUUAGGUUGAGCCCAGGCUCUGGUAGUUUCCUCGUGUUACUGCAAAAUAUGAAAAAGCUUUUAGUCCGUCACCUAAAUCAGAGGGUAUAGUAGUAAUCUGCUGCAUAGCAGUCACCCCAAAGCUUAGCAGCUUAAAACAACGAACGGUUAUGGUCCUGUAGAUUCUGUACAUCAGGAGUUUGGGCAUGGAGUGGCUGGGUGGUUCUGUCUCGGUCUCUCGUGACAUUGCAGUCAAGAUGCAGGCCAAGGCUGCAUUUGUCUGAAGUCUUGACUCAGGCUGGAAAACCUGCUUGCAGGAUAAGCUCACUCACAGUCCCGUUGGCAGGAGGCCUGUUUUUCACGGCACAGACCUCUUGAGUGUCCCUAGGAUAUGGCAUCUGGCUUCCCUCAGAACACGUGAUCCCAGAGAGACCAAAUCAGAAGCUACCAUGUCUUUUGUGAUGCAGCCUCGGAAGUCACACAUCACUUCUGUCAUUCUAACCAACCCGUCAGUGUGGGAGGAUCAAUCCAAAGGCAUGAAUACCAAUAGACAGGGAUCAUCGGGACCCACGUGGGAGGCCCGCUACCGUUGAGGGUCUGACAGUGAUGAUGAUGAUGAUGAUGAUACCUUGGAGAAUCUUCAAAUCUCAUCUUUGUAUGAUAGCCGGUUGUCCCAACUAUAAUAAAAGAGUCAAAUGAAGUUUCUUCCACUAGGUGGCAGUACUUGUCCACAUCCUGACCUUCAUUAAAUAAGCACGUCUUGGACGCCGACUUUCUGACAGAUACUAUCCCAGGUGCUGGGGUCUCAGAGAACGGAAAAGGCAUGUUCCUACCGGUGCAGAGUUAACAGCUGAUAGGGUGUAACCACCGGCAUGGCAGAAGUAAUCCAAUCACAGGGAUUUAGCAGGGUCCUGGAAGAGAACCAGAGCAUCUUCAAGGCACUGCCAAGAUUUAAGAAUUUUUUUUUCUCUUACAGAUCCCACUUUAAUGUCUGCAAGCAACAGUUACUGCAACUUUCAAAGAGUUCAGAAAUGUGGUGCUGCUGUGAAACUACACUUUGGGAACCACGGGUCUGGAGCAUGCGAUCUUGCUGUGGUUGUUUUGGGUUGUCUUAACAGUACGAAGCACUUUGAGUAGGCUGCACACCUAAUGUGAGGUUUGAACUCACAACCCCAAGAUCAAGAGUCUCACAUUCUACUGACUGAGGCAGCCAGGCACCCCAACUUUGUAUGUUUCUCAAAAGUUGUCUAAAAUAUCUUUCAAAUUAUUAAUUUAAAAUAAAAAAGAGAAAAUAUAGUAGUAACGCAUCUUAUUAACACUGUAUGAAAAACUAUGUGCUAGCUCAAUCAGCUUGAUUGCCUCAGCGACUCUGAAGUGUAAGCAUGGUCUCCACUUGUACAGAGGAUGGUGGAGACCCAGACAAGUGGAGUAAAUUGUCCGGGGUGCCGGGUGGGGGGGGCAGGGCAGGUCCCUGUGAGGCAAGAGCCCUGGAGCACUGCAGGACAGAGACCCCUGGUUCACUUUCUCCAGGCCACCCUUCCAGAAAACUCUCCUCAAAUCCUGCACCAGAUGCCCCAGAAUACACAACAGUGACUCAGGUUUCCACCAAGAGUUUCAGAUCUUCUAGGACAAAAGGAAAAAUUAAUACUUGCAUCAGGAAAAGUACUGCUGUUUUACAACGUUCAGCUUUCCUGUAAGUCUAGCAGAUCCUGUGCAGCUGGUUAAUGGACAGGAGAGGCACAUAGGAGGCUGAGUGGACUGGGGGUCUUUGCGACAGAAAAAGAAUGGGGCAGCAGGGGAUGAAGGUGAAGGCAGGCAGCCGCUCUGGGCAGGAGAGAUGGGAGGAAACCUGGGACCGUGAGGGAAGAGAGAGAGAAAGAGGAGAAACAGGCACUGACACCCAGGGAAGAUUCUGAGGAAAGGACAGAAAUAUGAAUCGUUUUCCAUGUGAUGUGUGAUGUCACUCCUCUUCUCCCAUGUCUACUUUGUAUUCUUUUUCCUCAUAUGCUAAAAACAAUCACAAUAAAAUUUCAAGUGUUUAAGUUUCCAGCUCCUGAGAUGAUCCCACAUCCCUCCAGUAGCACAUGCACCACGGGAAACCGCCUCUCACAUGCACCUGUCCACUUCUGUGGCUUUCACUUCGCCUCUAGGAUGAUGACUUAGAAAUUCGUUAUUUCCAGCAGACCUUUCCCCGAACUCCAACUCCCCACGUGACACCGCUGUUCAGAUGUCCAGUAUUUCUGCCCUUCCUACAUCACAGAUGCACAGCCCACCUUUGCUGUUCCCUCCACCCAUUCCCUUCUGUGCUUUGCCCACCUGGCUUCUUGUGCUUAGAUCUCAGCUCAAAUAUACCUCCUCAGAGAAGCCCUCCUGGACCAUCUUGCAGAGUAAACAUGCCUCCACCAGUGACAUCACCCUACCAAUUACAAGACAACCACAUUCCCUAUUUCCUUCAUAGCACAUGUCACAAUGUAUACAUUUUUAUUUAUUUUGUUUACUUAUGUAUUUUGUGUCUUCAUCUAAUAAACUGCACAUGGACAGAGAUUCUGUCUUUUUUACUGAAGAGGUCUUUGCACACCGUAGGUGCCCAAUAUUUGUGAAUUUAAUGCAUGGAAUCUGUGAUGACAGACAAUAAAAGAUUCUAUGAGGAAAAUGUCUUCGGGCUUGUAUCACCAUUGAUAAGGCCACAUACUAAUAAAUAAAAUUUUACAGCACUUUACCAUUUUAAGAGCAAAUUCUUACGGCUUAUUGCUAUGGUCUGAAUGUUUGUGUCCCUCCAAAGUUCAUAUGUUGAAAUGCUAGUCCCCGAAGGUGAUAGUAUCUCUAGGUGGAGAUUUUGUGAGGUGCUCAAGUCAUGAAGGUGGAACCCUGAUGAAUGGGAUUAAUGCCUCAUAAAAGAGGCUCCAGAGAGAUCCCCGCCUCCUUCCACUGCGUGAGGACAUUGGCAGAAGGUGCUGGCUGUGAACCAGGAAGAUGUGAUCGUGCUGGCUCCUUAAUCUUGGACUUCCCAGCCUCCAGAACUGUGAGCAAUACAUUUCUGUUCAUACACUGUAGCAGCCCAAACAGACUGAUGGCUGACAGCACUUUUUUUCACCAGAACCUAUCAAGGUAGAUACUAUUCUUACUGCCAUUUUGUCCCUAAGGAAACGCAAGUUAAAAAGGCAAAUGUAACUGGAGGCACAUUAGAUGAGAAACCUGGAAACGUGCCUGUUCUUAUUAGGGUUCCCAAUCUCCUCGGUUUUCCCAGGACUGCCCUGGUUUUCGUACGGAAAACCCUGCAUCCUGGGGAACGACAGCAGUUUGGUCACUGUAUCUUACCCUGAAAACUGUAAGUAAGAUGUUAGACACUUUAUACAAGCAGAUUCCCUGGCCAUGUAAAAUGAGUAAAAUAUGGGGGGUGGGAGUACAGACGAGGUUUAGAACCUACAGAUGUGAAGUCACAUGGUGGUGGCUGCACCCACCCAACCUACCUCAAAGGAAUGCUGGGCGCGGAAGGCACUAACAACCUGAAAAGGAACAGACACUUAGAGAUAUCAUCUGUGCUCCUACCCUGCAAGAUAAAGGUGGUAACUAGAUCAGCCCGGUUACCAAGCCUCAUGCUCUCAGACUGAAUCUGAUCCACCAAAAGUCCAAAAGGUAUUGUGAGCAGUGAGGGGCCACCCACUGCAGGGACCCUGACCAGGAGAAACUGGCUUAUUUUCCCAGAGAGGAAAAUUCUUCCUCUUCCAAUUCAAAACAAUUUGACACCUUUUCCAGUAUCCUGGAAGUCUCAACUUAAUCAUUCUGCAGCUGAGUUCAAGGCUCAAAUGGAGAACACAUAGCUUCAAAGGCAGAAGGAAUCAAAGGUGCUCCCCAGCGUUGGACGCUUCCUCCACUUGAGAUGCAUACAAAGACAGUCGGAGUCCUCUGGGGAUGUUUCUUCCUGUGGAAUCUCUACACUUCAUCCGCCCAGACCAUUUACCCUGGCAUCAAGGCUAGGGCUACUCAGCGGGCUCUGGACUAUGGCGUUCAAGCUGGGAUGGAGAUGAUUGAGCAAAUGCUUAAGGAAAAAAACAUCCCAGACCUAAAGGGUUCUGAAUCUCUGGAAUUUCUGAAGGUUGAUUAUGUGAACUACAAUUUUUCAAACAUAAAAAUCAAUGCCUUUUCAUUUCCAAAUACUUCAUUAGCCUUUGUGCCUGGGGUGGGGAUCAAGGCACUGACUAACCACGGCACUGCCAACAUCAGCACCGACUGGGAGAUCAAGUCUCCACUCUUCCAAGACACAGGAGGAGCUGAUCUGUUUCUCUCUGGGGUCUACUUCACCGGUAUCAUUGUUCUUGCCCGAAAUGACUUUGGUCACCCAAUCCUGAAGCUCCAAGACUGCUACGCCCAAGUGAACCAUGCCCACGUCUCAUUUUCCGGAGAACUCAGUGUCCUGUACAACUCCUUCGCUGAGCCCAUGGAGAAACCCAUUUUAAAGAACUUAAAUGAAAUGCUGUGUCCCAUUAUCAUGAAUGAGGUGGAAGCCCUGAAUGCCAACCUCAGCACGAUAGAGGUUUUAACCAAGAUAGACAACUAUACUCUCCUGGAUUAUUCCCUAAUCAGUUCUCCAGAAAUUACUGAGAAUUACAUCGACCUGAAUUUGAAGGGCGUAGUCUACCCGCUGGAAGACCUCACUGACCCUCCCUUCUCGCCAGUUCCUUUUGUGCUGCCGGAACGCAGUGACUCUAUGUUGUAUGUUGGAAUCUCUGAGUUUUUCUUUAAAUCUGCAUCCUUUGCUUACUUUACAGCUGGAGCCUUCAACGUCACUCUCUCCACGAAAGAGAUUUCCAACCAUUUGGUUCAAAACUCUCAAGGUGUUGGCAACGUGCUCUCCAGGAUCGCAGAGAUCUACAUCUUGUCCCAGCCCUUCUUGGUACGAGUCAUGGCAACGGAGCCUCCCGUGAUCAGUUUACUACCGGGUAAUUUCACCCUGGACAUCCCUGCCUCCAUCAUGAUCCUCACCCAGUCCAAGAACUCAACUGCUGAAGCCAUCGUUUCCAUGGACUUUGUUGCCAGUACCAGUGUUGGCCUGGUUAUUUUGGGACAAAGACUGGUCUGCUCAUUGUCUCUGAACAGAUUCCGCCUCUCUUUACCAGAGUCCAAUCGCAGCAACAUUGAGGUCUUGAGGUUUGAGAAUAUUCUGUCCUCCAUUCUCCACUUUGGUAUCCUCCCACUGGCCAACGCAAAAUUGCAGCAAGGAUUUCCGCUGCCCAACCCACACAAAAUCUCCUUUGUCAAUUCAGAUAUUGAAGUUUUUGAGGGUUUCCUUUUGAUUUCCACCGACCUGAAGUAUGAAACGUCCUUAAAGCAGCAGCCAAGUUUCCAUGGUUGGGAAGGUCUGAACUUCAUAAAUGGACAGUGGAGGGGGAAGCCAGCUGCUUGAUUGCCUGUUGGGAGUCCACUCCAGGAAGUAGAUGACCCUUAAUCCCACAGCUACUGUAAACCGGGAAGGGGCAGACAGUACACACUGGGUUGUAAGCCCUAGUGAAAUGCUUAGGCUGACAGUUUUCUUUCUCAAACCCUCAGGGAAGAGGGAGGCAAACUGGGUUAAAGAGCUAAAUCAGGGUGUGUGUCUCCACGUGUAUGGAGGGGUGGGUGUUUGGAUGUGUGUUCGUGUUUGAAUGCACAUUUGUGUGCUCCUGUGUUAAUAAGGUGCUGGGGCCAAGAGCUAGCCCUGCGCUUCUGAGGAGGUGCCUGAGAAACUCUGAUUUGCGUGACAGCUCCCUUGAGCUCUUUCAGCAACCCAGGGUUUCCCACACUUCCCUGCAUAUUGGAUUUUAUGUUUUAUAUUUACUGCUACUGUCCUCUGUUUUUAAUUAAACUUGUUUUCUAUCAAUGUCAACCUUGUCUUUUUUUGGAAAAAUUCCCUGCCUUGGAUUUUUUUUUAAAUAAAAUAAGACAAAGAUGAGAGAAUUAACAUCCUUAAGUUGAUGAAAAGUGAGAUUGUGCAGAUUUCAAGGUUUGAAAAGGGAAUACUUUAGGGGGCCUGGGGGGUUCAGUCCACUAAGCAUCUGACUCAAUUUCAGCUCAGGUCAUGAUCUUACAGUU